AUAAAAUAUUUGUUCACAAAAAGAAAGGAUUCAGUAGAGUAUAAAGGGGCUUCUUUAGUCCAGGGUAUGAGUCAGUGAGAGACACAGGGCGAGGGGGAGGAGAGAGGACUCAACCCCGGCAGCGACCAUCGGGUAACCCUAACCCUAAUUCUCCAUCUUUCUUGUUCACAGUCAUCAUCUUCAUCUUCUCAUAAAAAAGCCGAACUCCGGAAGAUGUCAUUCCGGAGAAAACAAAGUUUCUGAAACAAAAUUCAAAGAGUUUCAUCGCAAGAGACACGAUCGGCUCAUGUAACGGAGUUCCGAAAAGAUGGCGUCUCAACAAAAUGUUGAGUUGGAGGCAGCAAAGUUUUUACACAAGCUCAUUCAAGAUUCUACUGAUGAGCCUGCAAAACUGGCGACAAAACUCUAUGUGAUAUUGCAACACAUGAAAUCAAGCGGGAAGGAGCAUUCGAUGCCAUACCAAGUAAUAUCAAGGGCCAUGGAGACUGUUAUCAAUCAACAUGGUCUUGAUAUUGAGGCUUUAAAGUCAUCACGCCUUCCUUCGAGUGGUGGAACUCAUGUAGGAGAUUCUUCAGCGGCAAGAUUAGCAGGAUCAUCGUCGGCGGCUGGGGUUGCAAAAGAUACCCAAGCAGGCUUGGCUGAAAACGAAAUGGCUAAAAUUGAUGCGUUUGCUUCCAGCAGGCCACCUGUUGGCCCAAGCAGUGCAGGCCAUGAUAUAUAUCAAGGAUCUGUAUCCCAUAAGAGUGGUGGGAAGUCCUUUGAUCAUGAGAGUCCAUCUAGUUUGGACACUAGAUCUGCCAACUCGCAGUCACAAGAAAGGCGUGAUUCAGCAAAUUGGGAAAAGCAGGUGAAUCAAAAGGAUAGUAAAAAAUCCAAUGCUAAGAGAAAGAGAACAGAUCCGUCACCAGCUAUGGAGCCACAUGUUGACAACCCGAACCAUCCUGACACUCGCAACAGUGUAGUUAAUCCAAGGAAGGGGAAGCUGAUGAACAAGGUGGAAUCACCUGGGAGUUUUUCUGUUAAAAGUGGUGCUGCUGCAAAGAUUCAUGGAGGGAUGCCUAGUUCAUAUCCAGUGGUAGAACCAGGAUUCUCAAGUUCAAUGCAGUUCAGUGGUUCUUCCUAUGAUAAUCAUGCUUUGGUUGCAAAGAUGCAUAAAGAAAGAAACAUGGAGGCUUUUUCUGCUAUGAAUUCUUCUUUGCUUGAGGCCUCAUCUGGUAAAAAUGCUGUUGAUGCUGAACAGUGGAAGCAUGGAUUAAUGAGAAGUGCAGUAAUAGGUGCCCCUGAGAAAACUAUAGAAGCUCAGAUGUUAUCAGGUAAUCAUGGGGAAGAAGAAUCCAAAACACUCUCCAUUGGAAAGGUCUUGGAUCAUGAGGGAGGAACUUCAAAUACAUCAGGAAAUGCAAAUAAAAUGGCUCAGGGCGGGGGGGCAAACAUGGUUACAGAAAUGAGCAUGCUUAGAAGUGCAACUUUUAGAGAUGCUGGAAAAUCUCCAAUUCCCCAGGCUCUUCCUUUCUCUGGUAUGCCUUUCAAGGAACAACAUUUGAAACAGCUAAGAGCACAAUGCCUUGUCUUUUUAGCAAUCAGAAAUAAUUUGAUGCCGAAGAAGUUGCAUCUUGAAAUCGCACUUGGGAACAUCUAUCCCAAAGAAGGUGGCAUUACAGAUGGGCCUCGCAAAGAGCUGAUUGACCAUAAAGGAAAAGAUUAUUCUCUGAAUGAACCGAGUAAUGUUCCUGAAGUCCCAGUGCCAUUUGGAAGACUAAGUAAUGUUAGGGAUACUGAAAGAAUUCCUCCAGGUUCCUCAUCUAGUGGAAGUCUCCUUGAGACUGACUCCAUGUCAAAAGCUGGUGAGAACACAAAAAUAAUGGAAGACAAUCUUACUGGGAUUGCAGAAGAAAGAAGACAUAUUUUAGCUAUGAGAAGAAAACCAGAGGCUGACAUGCAUACUCAGGAGGUGGCAGAAUCACAGGCAUUUCCAUCUACAGCAUCUCAGCCUGAUUCUUCAAGCAUAAUGGGUUUAACUGCUAGUCCUCAUGAGGACAAUUUGGAGAGUAGUCAUCUGCAAGUUGGGAGGGCAAACCAAGCCUCUUCUCUAAUGGGAAUAAAUAGGCAGAUUCAACCUGAGCUAAUUAACUGGACUGGAAUUGGGAAUCAUAAUGAUGCUUCUAGGGGACAACUCCCAGUUUCUGCUAUUCAGCAUGAGCCUUUGCUGGAAAGAAAAGACAAUACUCCAAGUCAGUCUCAAAGUUUUGGUGACACUAGUGUUCAAGGAAAUCAACAUUCUGAAAAUCACUUGUCUCCAUUCUUGCUGAGAGAUCAUUGGAAGCCUGUGUCAGGAAUGGACAAUGAUCACCACAAAAUAUUUCAAACAAAGGAGGCUAAUCUGUUGAUCAAGCAUGUUUCACGAGAUGAUUCCAAGGUUACUGAAAUUCAAACAAGAUGCAUUUCAGAUGGAUGCAAAGCAGUUGCUAUUGAUGACACAACAAAAAAUGGCUAUCCUUAUAAAAUGGUGGAAAAAUCUGCAGAACAAGGAGAUGAAGACAGGCCAAUGUUAGUUAAUUUGCCACCUUCUCCAAAGUGCACCACGUCAGAGAAAUGGAUCAUGGAUCAGCAGAAAAGAAGACUACAUGUUGAGCAAAAUUGGUUACUAAAAGAGCAAAAAACUGAGAAAAAAAUUGCUGCUUGUUUUGAGAAGUUGAAGGGUACUGUCAGUUCAUCUGAAGAUAUUUCUGCAAAAACCAAAAGUGUUAUUGAAUUGAAAAAGCUUCAACUGUUAGCACUUCAGCGUCGUCUCAGGCGUGAUUUUCUGAAUGAUUUUUUCAAACCAAUAGCAAUUGAAUUGGAUCGCUUGAAAUCUUUUAAGAAACAUAGACAUGGUAGAAGGAUAAAACAACUUGAAAAGUUUGAGCAGAAAAUGAAGGAAGAGCGACAAAAGAGAAUUCGGGAGAGACAGAAGGAGUUCUUCAGCGAAAUAGAAGUUCAUAAGGAAAGACUGGACGAUGUGUUUAAAUUUAAGAGAGAAAGGUGGAAGAGUUUCAGUAAAUAUGUAAAGGAAUUUCACAAAAGAAAGGAGAGGAUACAUCGUGAGAAGAUAGAUAGAAUCCAGCGUGAGAAGAUUAAUCUAUUGAAGAUCAAUGAUGUGGAGGGCUAUCUGCGAAUGGUUCAGGAUGCAAAAUCUGAUCGCGUCAAGCAACUGCUCAAAGAGACUGAAAAAUAUCUUCAAAAGCUUGGAUCCAAACUACAGGAGGCCAAGUCUAUGACAAGACACUUUGAGGUUGAUAUGGAUGAGAACCGAACUGCAAAUGUUGUUGAGAAGAAUGAAACUGCUGUUGACAAUGAAGAUGAAAGUGAUCAGGCAAAGCAUUAUCUGGAAAGCAAUGAAAAGUACUAUCUAAUGGCUCAUAGUAUAAAGGAGAGCAUUGCUGAGCAGCCAACCUGCCUUCAGGGUGGAAAAUUAAGGGAGUAUCAAAUGAAUGGCCUACGGUGGUUGGUUUCGCUAUACAAUAAUCAUCUGAAUGGGAUUCUUGCUGAUGAAAUGGGCCUUGGUAAAACUGUUCAGGUUAUUGCGCUAAUUUGUUACCUAAUGGAAACGAAAAAUGACAGAGGACCUUUUCUGGUGGUGGUACCAUCUUCAGUUCUAUCUGGAUGGGAGUCAGAAAUCAACUUUUGGGCCCCUAGUGUAAACAAAAUUGUCUAUUCUGGGCCUCCGGAGGAGCGACGCAAGCUGUUCAAGGAAAGAAUUGUUCAUCAAAAAUUUAAUGUCCUCCUGACCACAUAUGAGUAUUUGAUGAACAAGCAUGAUAGGCCAAAAUUAAGCAAAAUACAUUGGCAUUAUAUUGUAAUUGAUGAAGGACAUCGGAUAAAGAAUGCUUCUUGCAAGUUGAAUGCUGAUUUGAAGCAUUAUCAGAGCUCUCAUAGAUUGUUGUUAACUGGAACACCACUUCAGAACAAUCUUGAGGAACUGUGGGCACUGCUUAACUUCUUGUUGCCAAAUAUCUUUAACUCAUCAGAGGAUUUUUCUCAAUGGUUCAACAAACCGUUUGAAAGUAAUGGUGACAAUUCACCUGAUGAAGCCUUGCUGUCCGAGGAGGAGAAUCUUUUGAUCAUCAACCGCCUUCACCAAGUUCUUCGACCAUUUGUACUUCGGAGGCUGAAACACAAGGUUGAAAAUGAAUUACCUGAAAAGAUUGAAAGACUUGUAAGGUGCGAAGCUUCUGCAUAUCAGAAGCUUUUGAUGAAGAGGGUAGAAGAAAACCUGGGCUCAAUUGGAAGUACAAAGGCUCGGUCGGUGCACAACUCUGUUAUGGAGCUACGUAAUAUAUGCAAUCACCCUUACCUUAGCCAGCUUCAUGCAGAUGAGGUUGACAAUUUAAUCCCUAAACAUUUUCUGCCACCUGUUGUGAGACUUUGUGGGAAGCUUGAGAUGUUAGAUCGAUUACUUCCCAAACUAAAAGCAACCGAUCAUCGGGUUCUUUUCUUUUCCACAAUGACUAGGCUGCUUGACGUCAUGGAGGAAUAUCUGCACUGGAAACAGUAUCGAUACCUUCGAUUGGACGGACAUACAUCUGGGGGUGAUCGUGGAGCCCUCAUUGAGCAGUUCAACCAACCAGAUUCUCCAUAUUUUAUUUUUUUGCUCAGCAUCCGUGCUGGAGGCGUUGGAGUGAAUCUUCAGGCUGCUGAUACAGUGAUCAUAUUUGACACUGACUGGAAUCCUCAGGUUGAUCUGCAAGCUCAGGCAAGGGCCCAUAGAAUUGGCCAAAAGAGGGAUGUUCUUGUCCUUCGAUUAGAAACAGUCCAAACCGUGGAAGAACAAGUCAGGGCUUCAGCUGAACAUAAACUGGGAGUUGCUAAUCAGAGUAUCACUGCUGGUUUCUUUGAUAACAAUACAAGUGCAGAAGAUAGAAGGGAAUACUUGGAGUCGUUGCUGCGGGAGUCUAAGAAAGAGGAAGCUAUGCCUGUUUUAGAUGAUGAUGCUCUGAAUGAUCUCUUAGCCCGCAGUGAGUCGGAGAUUGAUAUAUUUGAAUCCAUUGACAAAAAAAGACAGGAAGCAGAGAUGGCAACAUGGAAAAAGCUAGUUGGACAGGGAAUGGAGCUUGCACCUCCCCUUCCUUCUCGCCUUGUAACAGAUGAUGACUUGAAAGUAUUCUAUCAAGCAAUGAAAAUAUAUGAAGAAUCAAAUGCUGGGGUAAUAUCUAAUGUUGGUGUAAAACGGAAGGGUGAGUAUCUUGGGGGCCUUGAUACACAACAGUAUGGAAGAGGCAAACGAGCAAGAGAGGUGCGUUCCUAUGAAGAACAAUGGACAGAGGAAGAAUUUGAAAAAUUGUGUCAGGUUGACUCCCCUGAAUCUCCCAAACUGAAGGAAGAAAUGGUAGAAACAAACUUGCCAAUUGAUUCCAGUGGGCCUGUGGUGGCCACUAGUAACACAGAAUCACCUGCUCCUGCUCCUGCUCCUGCUGCUCCUGCUGCUCCUGCUGCUCCUGCUCCUGCUCCUGCUGCUCCUGCUCCUGCUCCUGCUGCUCCUGCUCCUGCUCCUGCUCCUGCUCCUCCCCCUCCACCACCUCCGUCAGCUCCCUCUGUAGAGCCGCCACCACAGCAAAGCAAAGAGGUAACACCACCAUCUAGACGGGGCCGUGGGAGGCCAAAAAGAGCUACUUUGGACAUCUCUUCUGCAGUGGUUCAUCCAGCACCUUCAGGAGCUGAGAAACUGGAUACAGGGUCUCAGAAGGGAAAUGUAUCUAGCUUUCCAACGGCUUCUGGUCCUCAUUCUUUCCCUGGUCCCACAGCUGUAAAAGGUACCAGUUCGAGCAUGCACAAUGUUGGUGUGGGAGUUCCUGCUAUUCCUCCUCAAUCACUUCCUCCUGUUCCUCCUGGCUCUCAAUCUACUGUACCAGAUUCUUCUGUACCUGUGCAAGUUAAGGGACAAGGUCGAAAGGCUCAAAGUGGAGGAGAGGGACCCAGGCGCAGGGGAAAGAAACAGGCUUCUGUACCACCUGCUGUUCCUGAUGCUUUAGCUGGUCAGGAUCCAAAAUUAAAUGAGCAAUCACAAAAUAAAUUGGGUGAUCCAAAAUUGAAUGAGCCAUCACAAAAUAAGUUGGGGGAUCCAAAAUUGAAUGAGCAAUCACAUAAUAACACAGGGGAUUCUAUUCUAACAGCUUCUAGCUUUCCAACAACUCCUGGCCCUGAUUCUGUUCCUGCUUCUACUACUGUAAAAAGUAUCAGUGGAACCGUGCAACACUUUGGUGUAGGAAUUGCUCCUAGUUCUCAGGCAGCACCUCCUCUUCAUCUUGUUGCCUCUGAUUCUAAAUCUACCCCCCCUUGCCCCCCUGUAGUGACCCAAGUUAAAGGACAAGGUCGCAAAACUCAAAGUGGAGCAGAAGCACCCCGACGUAGAGGAAGGAAACAGGCUUUGUUACCACCAGCAGUUCCUGGUGGCUUAGUUGGUGAGGAGCCAGCGAAUCAGGGAUCACAGAAUAAAUCUGGGGACUUAGUGGGAGCAAGUAGUGGAACAGUUUCUAGCUUGCCAGUGGCUCCUGGUCCUACUCCAGUUUCUGCUGUAAAAGUUAUCAGUGGAACGAUGCAUCAUUUUGGUGUGGGGAUUGCUCCUAGUUCUCAGCCAGUUCCUCCUUCCCCUUCUGUUGCUCCCAGUUCUCAAUCUACCCCUCCGUGUCCUACUGCUCCUGUGCGAGUGAAAGGGCAAAGUCAGAAGGCUCAGAGUGGAGCAGGAGCUCCUCGGCGAAGGGGAAAGAAACAGUGUCCAAUACCUCCUGGUGCUCCUGAUAGUUUAGCUGGGCAGGUUCCAAAAUCAAGUGAGAAGGCACAGAGCAAAUCGGGGGAUUUGUUGGGGAGUAAAGCAAUUGCUGUGGGAAGUGAGCAAGAGAAGGAUUCUCGGGAACUAGCAAAUGCUAUCCAGCAGAAAGCAUGUAAAAUCCCUACUUCUAAUGUUUUAGCUGGUGUGGAUCUGAAAUCAACUAAGCAACCAGACUAUUCUGCCCAAAACAAGAAGCCAAGAAUCUCAUCAACAACAGAUGGCAUUGUUGGUCAGGAUCCAAAAUCAAAUGAGAGGGUGCAGUAUAAAUCUGGGGACUCAUUGGGAGAUGAAGCCAUUGCCCUGAGAACUGAGCAAGAGGAGACUCGGGAACUGACAACUGCUAUCCAGGAGCAGGCAUCUAAAGGCUUGGAUCUGAAAUCAACUGAGGAAUCGGAGUAUUCUGCCCAAAACAAGAAGCCAAGAAUCUUGCCCACAACAGAUAGUGUUGCUGGUGAAGAUCCAAUAUCAAAUGAGAAGGCACAGGAUAAGUCUGGAGAUUCAUUGGGUAAUCAAGCUAUUGCCAUGAGAUCUGAGCAAGAGAAGGAGACCAAAGAAGUGACAAAUGCUAUCCAGGAACAAGCAGGUAAAGUCCAUUCUUCUGAUGUUUUGGCUAGUACGGAUCUGAAAUCAACUGAGCAGUCAGAGAAUCCUGUCCAAAACAAGCACCCUAGAAGCUCAUCAAUAACAGAAAGCAGUGCUGAUAAGGAUCCAGAAUUAAAUGAGAAGCUACAGGAUGCAUCAGGGGUUUUGUUGGGGAGUCAAGCCACUGCCAGUAGAAGUGAGCAAGAGAAAGAACUGACAAUUGCUGUCCAGGAGCAAGCAUGUAAUAUUCAUACUUCUGGUGUUUUAGUUGAUAUGGAUCUCAAAUCAACUGAGGGAUCUUAUUGUUCUGCCCAAUAUAAGAUGCCAACAAGCUCACCAACAACACAUGACAGUGCUGGUCAGGAUCCAAAAUCAAAUGAGAAGCUGCCUGAUAAAUCUGGGUAUUUAUUGGAGACUAAAGCCAUUUCCAUGACAAGUGAGCAAGAGAAUGACAGCCAGGAGCUAGAAAGUACUCUCCAGGAGCAAGCAUGUAAAAUCCAUGGUUCUGAUGUUUUAGCUGGUCAGACUCUAGAAUCAACUGAGCAAUUGAAUUAUUCUGCUGAAAACCUGAAGGAAGCUAGCUCAUCAACAACCCAUGAUUGUGCUGCCAGAUUGCUGGAAAAAGUUUCUGUAUGCUUAGAAGUUAGUGAAGUUGAUGCAUCUCUGAAAUCAAAGGAGGAAACUUUGCCUACUGAAAUACAGGCAUGUCAAAACAACGUAGACCAUGCCUUAGAAUCAAUCCAAACUGCUGAUGCAAAUGAUGUUGCUUCUCUGACAAAGAAGGUUACUUCUGAGAUUUGUUCAACUGAGACUAAAUUUGAUGUGUCUUUUGCAAGUGAAAUUGGGGAUGCUCCAACUGUUUCAAAUAAGACCUUGUCUGAGGUGACCAAAAAACAGAGCUUGGAGGAUGAAACAUGUUCAACUAUGCCUACUUUUGUAGCUGCAACUCCAGUAGUUGACCCUCCAGUUGACAAUGAUGAAAACCCAUCUGGUAAAGAAGGUAAUGCAGAAGUAGAAGAGAAUGAAGAUGCUGUUCUGGAUGAAGCCCUUGUUUCAAAGCCUGAGGUUUCUGAAUCUCACAGCAAGGUCUCUGCUGGCUCCACUGGAAAUAUGACAGAUUCGGAAAAGCUUAUUGAUGUAAGCUCCAUCAUGGCGAGUAAUAGGGCAGUGAUUUGCACAGUUCCACUCAGGCUUGAGACGUUGGAAACUUGCUCAUCAGAUGUUAAAGUUGAUGAGUUGUUUGUGCGUGAAGGUGGGGAUGCCCCAAAUUUUCCAGAACCAAGACUAACCUUUACUGAGGUGACCAAGAACGAAAGUCCAAAGGAUGAUAGAAAUUCAACCAUUUUAGCCUUGGAAAAAGAAACUCCAGAUUGGGAUGUUCCAGUUGACAGGCACAAAAAUCAAUCUGGGAAAGAUGGGGAUGGAGAAGAACAAGAAGACAAAGAUCCUCCUCCAGUGGUUGCCCUUGUUUCUGAGACUGAGCCUGAGAUCACUGCUGACUCUGUUGAAAACAUGGCAUUUUCUAGUCAUCUUAUUGAAGAAAACUCAAUCAUGGGGCGCAAUGCUACUAAUGUUGUUUGCAAAGUUUCUCCCCUAGUCUAUUCAUCUGAAACUUGCUCGUCAGAAACUAAAGUUGGUGAGCCUUUUGGGAAUGAUGAUGGAGAUGCCUCAAUUGUGCCUGUAUCAAGUAAGACAGUCAUUGAGGUGAAUAAGAAUGAAAAUUUGGAGGAUAAUUCAUGUUCAACAAUGUCAAUUUCAGAAAGUGAAGCUCCUGUCUUGGACCUUCCAAUUUGCAACCAUGAAAAUCAAUGUGAUGAUGGAGACACCCCAACUGUACCUGUAUCAAGUAAGACUGCUGCUGAGGGGAAUAAGAACCAAAGUUUAGAGGAUAAAAUGCAUUCUACCAUGUCUAGUUUGGAAAAAGCAGCUCCAGUUUUGGACCUCCAAAUUUGUAGUUACGAAAAACAGUGUGUAAAAGAAGGUGAUGCAAAAGAAGAAGAGGAUAAGGAUCCUUUGCUGGACCAGACCAUUGUUUCAGAGGCUAAAGCUUGUGAACUUGAAAGCAAGACAACUGCUGGCUGCAUUGAAACCAUGAUAGUUGCAGAGCAGAUUAUUGAAGAAAAAAGGAGCAUGGAUGAGGUUCCUACGGUUUCUUCCUCUGUUGGGCUAUCUGAAACUUGCUCAUCAGAAACUAAAAUUAGUGAAUCUAUUGGGGCUGAAGGUGGGGAUAACCCAACUCUUACUGUGUCAUGCAAUACCUCUAUUGAGGUGAUCAAAAAUCAAAGUUUGGAGUUGAAAAUAUGUUCAGAAAUCACUUCAGAGGUAGGAGCUCCAGCUUUGGACCUUCCAGCUGAGAACUGUGAAAGCCAAUCUGAGAAGGCGUGUAUUGCAGAGAUAGAAAGAGGCAAUAGUCCUGAUGUAGUUGAUGCCCUUGUCUUAGAGUCCAAGGCUUGUGAACCUGAAAGCAAGAUAACUUCUGGCUCUGUUGAAAACAUGCCAGAAUCAAGUCAACCUAUUGAAAAGAAUUCAAUCUUGGGAAUUAAUGUGGAGACCAUUUGCUCUGAUCCUCUCAUUUCUGGCCAAGUGGAUGAUGUUUCUUGCCAGAAAUCACCUGCUCGUGAUGGCGCUCUGGUUGACUUAUCUGUGAGAGCUUCUAGCAUUCAGAUGGAUUCACCUUUGGUAUCUGAAGAUGCUGCAGAGUUUAAUGAUAUGGCUAAAAAUAAUUUAGGAAACAGAUCAAAGCCUUCAUUGGAAGAGUCUCCAAAAUCUUCUCCUCUAGGUAUCAGAAGCUUUGAUGCACCUAUGAGUUCUGUAAAAACUGAUGAUGUUGGAAGUCCUCCAGUGGAUUCUGUUGUUGGUCUUCUUCCUGUUGAUCCUGAUGAUUCAGGCAUCUGUAAUUUGGAUGGUGGCGUUCCUGAUGAGGAUAAAUUAAGCAUGGUUCCUACUGAAGCUGAUCAAUGCAGCAGUAAAGUUAUGUCUGAAGUUGCAGAAACCGCCCUGGAAGCUGAUAAUAUUGGAGCUAUUCCUGAAGUACCCCCUAUUGAUACUGCAUCAGCGUGUGAGACAGUCACUUCUCAUGAACCUUCUCAAGACAAGUGCAGCCCCAAAUCUCCAUGUGAUGGAAGUGAAGAUAAAGGGAAACUUACAUUAGAGCCUAUGGACUCUACUAUUAAAGUUGGCAACACAGAGCUUGUUUCAAAAGAUGAUGGCGGAGUUCAACCAAUGGCUGGAGUUGAAUUUUCUGAGAGCGAGCAUGAUGGGGCUCACAUUUCAAUUAAACCAAUGGCUGGAGUUGAAUGUUCUGAGAGCGAGCAUGAUGGGGCUCACAAUUCAAAAGAUCUCUCAGAAACACAAGCAUCUUCACCCAAAGUUUUAUUUAAUUCCAAUGAUGGAGUCUCAAAUGAUUUUAAUGCUGAAAUUGCUGAUCCAAUGGAUGUUGGCGGAGUUAUGGUAGAACAAGCCCCUGUAUUGGAACCCAUGCACCCAGUAACUGCCAAGUCUGGCAAUACAGAGUGUGUUCCGAAUGAUGCUGCAAUUGAACCAGUAAUGGGUGUUGAAACUUCCAAAGAUGACACUGACCAAGUCUGCCACAUGGAUGUAAAUUUGGACUCGCCAGAAGUUCCUAAAGCUGAAUUGAAUGAUCCAAUGGAUGUUACUGAGGCUGUAGUUAUGGCUGAAAAUAUAGAUCCGCAGCUGUCUUCGCUGGAGACACAGGUAGAGAAGACCAAGAGCUCAUCUGAAAACGGUCCGGUUGGGAAUUCAUCUUCUUUGGAGAUGCUAGAAGAAAAGAUGGAACCCUCAUCUGAGAAGGGUAUAGUUGAAAGCUCUUCUUCGAUGGAGACACAGGAAGAAAACAUCAGGGACUCAUCUGAGAAGGAUCUAAAUGUGAGCUUGUCUUCCUUGGAGACACGGGAAGAAAAGAUCGAGGGAUCAUCUGAGAAGGAUCUAGCUGGGAGAUCACCUUCCUUGGAGACACAGGAAGAAAAAAUCGAGGGCACAGCCGGGAAGGAUCCACUUGAGAAAUCAUCUGCCUCGGAGGUAGAGGAAGGUAAGAUUGAGGCCUCAUCCGAGAAGGAUCCAGUUGGGCCAGAAAGAAAAGAUUGAGUGCUCACCUGGUAAUGAUCCAAUUGGGAGCUUGGCAGCAGUGGUGGAAACAAAAGGUCUGAAGCUGAUUCAAGUCUUAUGAAUUGUAAAUUUUGCUGUACUAGCAAAUUGGAUUUCAUGUAUAAUUUCCUGAUCUAAUUUAUGUACCUCAACUGGUUCCUCUAGGGUUCAGUAGGCACAAAUCGGAAAUUGAAUGUUUGCCUUUCCUUGUAUAGGUAGGAUUUUUAAGUUAAUACCUGAUAUAUAUGUCAUUAUACGUUCUCUUCCUGCA